AAAACGAAUACGCACCAAAAAUAAACCAAAUCCCACUUUCAAAAAUCUUUGAAUGAUUGCUGGCACGAAAAAAGAACAACCCAAAAUUACCAAAACCAUCACAACUCAUCGUCGUCCGAGAAAGUUUUGAUUUUUGUUUUUUUUUUUUGUUUUUCGGGGAGGGAAGGAGUGACAUGGUAUUGGGUAUCAUGUCUGGUUUGCCGUUAUGUUCGCCACUUUUGGCUUCUCGACCUUAAACAACAACUACUGGACCAAAUCCCUCCUUCUCUCUCUCUCUCUCUCUCUCUCUCUCUGGUUUUUUUUGAAAGACUUGUCCUUUUAAUCUCUUCUCACUUUCUCUCUCCUCCCUUUAUUUAUCAUCUCUCUACUCCGAAAGCUUUGGGUGGCUUUUCUGGUGGCCCAAUAUAGAAGUUAGAGCCGUUUCUCCGGCGACCCACAUCGCAUUUGCCCCGACCCAGAUCGAAUCCGGACCCGAAUUGCAGAUAUUCCAACCCCCCCACAUUGACAAGUGACCAUGUCGGUGGAGGCUUAGAGGCUUUUGUCAUUUGUCAAUGCCAUGAAAUGGGUGGAGGGGUUGGAAUGUAAGGUGGGAUUUGGGUGCGGAUUUAUAAGGAUUUGGUAUUGUUAGUUAGAUUCAUGGGGAUUUGUUUCAGUGAACACAAGAAGGAAUCCAAGUUAUCCAAGUUUACUCAGAAAGCCCAACAAGGAUAUGACUCCUCGGUAUCUCAAGCUAACCCGGAUAGAACACCAUACGAUACUCCUUUGGUUACAAAGAAUAUCAAAGACCUCCGCCAAAGUCCAGGAUAUAUCAAUGUCAACAUCUUUACUCACGAUGAGAUGAGGUUGGCCACAAAAAAUUUCAGGCCAGAUCUGAUUCUUGGUGAAGGUGGGUUUGGAAUUGUAUACAAAGGAGUCAUUGAUGACACUGUGAGGCCCGGUUACACGUCCACACAAGUUGCCAUUAAGGAGCUUAACCCAGAAGGGUACCAAGGUGAUAGGGAAUGGCUGGCUGAAGUACACUACUUGGGACAGUUCAGUCAUCCUAAUCUUGUGAGGCUGAUUGGGUACUGUUGUGAGGAUGACCACCGCCAAUUGGUCUAUGAAUACAUGGCAAGUGGCAGCUUGGAAAAACAUCUUUUCCGCAGAGUGGGUUGUACGCUUACAUGGACAAGAAGAAUGAAGAUUGCCUUAGAUGCUGCAAAAGGACUUGCUUUUCUUCAUGGUGCUGAAAGGCCAGUCAUUUACCGUGACUUCAAGACAUCAAACAUUUUGUUGGAUGCGGAUUUUAAUGCGAAGCUUUCAGACUUUGGCCUUGCAAAGGAAGGACCGAUGGGAGACCAAACCCAUGUUUCAACACGAGUGAUGGGAACAUACGGAUAUGCUGCUCCUGAGUAUGUAAUGACUGGGCAUCUAACGGCUCGAAGCGAUGUUUAUGGAUUUGGAGUAGUGCUACUUGAGAUGCUCAUUGGAAGGAGAGCAAUGGAUAAGAGCAGGCCCAGCCGAGAACAUAAUCUAGUUGAAUGGGCUCGGCCACUCUUGAAUCAUAAUAAGAAACUUUUGAGGAUUGUAGACCCUCGACUGGAAGGGCAGUACUCACUUAAAACUGCACUGAAGGUGGCCCAUCUAGCAUACCAAUGCCUUAGCCAGAACCCGAAAGGGAGACCCCUUAUGAGCCAGGUUGUUGAAAUCCUUGAGAGUCUUCAAGCACCAGAACAGCAUGACCCUUUGCUUCAAAGUGGAGGUAAAGCUGUAACUCUUUAUGAGGCUCCCAAGGGAACCUCUGGAACUCAUGCUAAGAGAGAUGUAAAUGGAAAAGAUGGUGGAGGGGGAGGAGAGGUAAGGCGAAGGAGCAACCGGGGAAAUGAAAGGAGCCACAGUGAGCCUAUGAGUGAUCAUGAUCAUCAUAGCCCGUCCCCAAGUUUUGUGUCUCGGGAAAAGUAAACUAUGCAAGAAGUUAAACCCUUUACCAGAAAAUGGAUGGAGGUUGGAACUGUACAAGAUAUAUCAACCGGUCUAUCCUUUAGGUGUAUUGAGUAAAAUUCUUUCCCCUUUGGCAAAAAUUGAAAUGAAUACGUUGUAAUUCGUUCUGUGACAUUCUAUGUUAUGAGCUAUCAUGUACGUUAUGAUAUUAUACUUUAGCAUAGCAUUCGGAGAAAGCCGUUGAUGGUUUUU